AUGAUUCCGCGGACGGUGUAUGCACCUGAAGACGAGCUGCGGGAACGCAUUUUUCGCAGCCGCCGUCGAAUUCGCGAAACUUUUCGACGUCCCUCGAAUCCGGACGAAUUCCUGUGGGCCCUGAUGCUCCUCCGGGCGCUGCGUCGGAUUCGUAGACAACAGACGAACUGUAUGGAGGCCUACUACAAGUCCUGUGCAUCCAGCUGUGCUGCUGACUCAAUUGGCGGAUGUCCGUUGGCUGGAAGCAAAGACUGCUGCUACGUUCGAUCAGGUUUGAGCACUUCGCCGGCACUGUCACAGCUCCAAUUCGAGUGCGAACAACGUGGCUGUGAAUCCCUGUUCAAAGACUUUUGCGAGUACUGCAGUAUUAUGAAGAUUGCACAGGAAGACGACGACGAGUCGACAAAAAUCGUUCCGGAACACUCGACCGCUGCGACUGCUGUAGUGUCUUCGUCGUUUACACCACCGCCUGCUCGGAGACACUCCUUGAUGGAUCUACCGGACGAGCUUUUGUUAAUCAUCCUGCGCUAUUGUCAUGACGCCGAGUACACGCCAGAACCCAUGUUUGCCUUUACCUAUCGUCAAAAAAGUCAUUCCUUACUUGAAGCCCUGCCGCAGACGUGUCGGCGGCUGCGAGCUCUGCUGUCGCCGGCAAACGAACGGUUUUGGGAAGACAUCUACCGUGCUCACUUGGAUAGCAACCAAGAACGUUUUCCACGGGCACCGAGAGCCCGAGUGGCCACUUUGAGUAUGCUCGAUGUGGCCGACACGACUCCAAUUCCUUCGUCCAUCACCGAAUUCGAGCAUCAUAUUUCAGAACCGGCACUUUUGUUGCACAAACGACGUACCCGCAAUGCUAGCCCCAAACAGCAUGAGAUUGCAGCAAAGUCAACGCAACCAUGCGUGCUGGAGACAGACGAUAAAAAUGCCAAUCAGCAACAGCAUGACCAAAGAAACCAGCUUUCAUCGUCGUCAACAUCAACUUCUGAAUGUCUCGCCUACCUCAUGUUUUAUUCGUCCGUUGUUGGACGUUGCUAUGUGUGUCAGAUGGCACCACGGAUACUGUCUGUACGAGCAGACAGCCGUGUUUUCUACCGUUGGUCUGUGGGUGUAAACAUUUGCAACCCAUGUCUGGAAGCCAUCAUCGACGUCUACGAGCCUGCAUCGCGAUUCAAUAUGGACACUAUGCUCGAUCGUUUAGGCGUCGGCUACUUGACACGACUGGGACAAAGCACACCAUCAUGGUUCUCUGAACACGUUCAAAUUGCCCGUUACCAACAAAAUGCUUUUCGAAUGGAAACUCGCAAGCAUCUGGAUACCGUUCACUACAUGUACGACUUGGUGAAGAAGGCAGGAAAAUAG